AUGAAAGUCAGGUCCUGCCUGACCAACCUGAUCUCCUUCUAUGACCAGGUGACCCACUUAGUGUAUGAGGGACAGGCUGUGGAUGUUGUCUACCUGGACUUUAGUAAAGCCUUUGAUACUGUCUCCCACAGUAUCCUCCUAGAGAAGCUGGCGGCUCAUGGCUUGGAUGGAUGUACUCUUCGAUGGGUAAAAAACUGGCUGGAUGGCCAAGCCCAGAGAGUUGUGGUGAACGGAACUAAAUCUAGUCGGUGGCUGGUCACAAGCGGGGUUCCUCAGGUCUCGGUUUCGGAGCCAGUCUUGUUUAAUAUCUUUACCAAUGAUCUGGAUGAGGGGAUCGAGUGCACCCUCAGCAAAUUGAAAGAACGGUCCUUAGUAUUGUAUGGAACAUCCAUCCAGCCUUACUCACCAAGAACUGAUUUUCCAAAUGUGGAAAGAGUACCCUCUAGUCUGCUUGAAGGCCCUACAGAAGAUUAUGGAACAGAUGAUUAUUCAGGUCCCUGCAAUGCAGAAUUCAGUAAAGGAGGGUGUGAUGGGCCAGGACCAGAUCACUGUACUGACUGUCCGCACUACUACUACAAAUCUAAGAACAACACACGGAUCUGUGUUUUGACCUGCCCACCUGGUCAAUACAAUGCAGACAAGAAACAUAAGAAAUGCUCACCCAAUUGUGAAGCCUGUGUUGGAAACCAUAGUGACCUGACCUGUAAAUCGGGCUACUACAUGAAUGAAGUAACCAAUAGCUGUAUUACCAAGUGCCCUGAUGGGUUUUACCUGGAUAAGAAUAAGAUUGUUUGCCAAAAAUGCAGUGAAAACUGUGUUGAAUUCCAAAUCUGCACAGAAUGCACACAUGGCCUAAGAUGGACCAUCAUCCACACCAUCAAUUGA